CACCAGUGCAAUACCUGUGACGUAGUUCACAGUAGAACGUCGAGUGGUGCAUGCAAGGUUUUAUGAUGGCAAGCCGACAGAUACUUCGCAGAUUGGUUCCUAUGGUUACAAGCAGUGUGAGAUGUCACCACUGUCUCCGCCUCCCACAGCCUUUACUCUCACACCAGUCACAUGUCACCAAGAUCGCAACUCCGCCAGUCAGGUCACUUGCAGCCAGUGCGAAGUUCAAGUGUAUCAACAUUCAAGAUGAUGAUGACUUCCAGCAGAGAGUCCUAGACAGCAAGACCCCGGUGGUCGUUGACUUCCAUGCAACGUGGUGUGGGCCCUGUAAGCUCCUGGCACCGAGGUUGGAGUCUCUCGUAGCGGGCAAAGAAGGCAAAGUGAUUCUAGCAAAGGUUGAUAUAGAUGACAAUGCAGAUCUGGCGAUGAGGUUUGGGGUAUCGUCCGUGCCAACAGUUGUGGGUAUAAGGAAUGGACAGCCACAUGGAAAGUUUAUAGGAUUACAGGAGGACGACAUUAUUGACUCUUUUGUUGAAAGACUCAUCAACUAAUGAUGUAGAUAUUUUAUGUUCUUAAUUGCAUAUGUUAAACAUCCAAGAAUUAUUCAAGAUUUCAGCAUUAUUUGUCAGUGUUUUGAGAAAUAAUGAUUACCAACAUUAAUGUUGAAUAUGAAAUUUACAAUGAAUCUGUGUGAAAAUGCCAAGUUGUAACAAACAUCUUCACAUUAUUAGUAAGUCCAGCUAAACUGUCAUACAUAAAUAUAUAGUUAAGCAGCUUUAAUAAAACUACAGUGUGUGUGUUCUGAUUGUAGUUAUGACAGCAAUAUCAGAUAAUCAGAUUACCACAAAAUGUGUUAUUUGUCUAUGGUGUAUAAUAUAUGUAUGUUCAUGGUUGCUAUUAUUGAACUGUACAUAAUAAACCGAAACUCUUAAUGUU